AUGGCAGUAAAUCUACGUAAAGAGUUACCUGGAUGGGAGCAGGCGUCGGGCAACUCCACUUACCAUCAAUCUUGCGAGUUGGAGUCUCGCGUUUAUCAGGCGCCGCGGUGCGACACGGGCCGGCGCGGGGGCGGCGCGGGGCCGGCGCGCCGUGGAGCAACGCGCGCUAAGUGGCUCGCACACACUGCGGUAACUGCUAUAACUUUAAAGCCGAGAACUCUAAGGAAACGUGAGUUACCCGCUUCUUUGUCUUAA